AGGUCUUGGUGCUAGCUCAGCUGAUCGAUAAAGAAAACAAAGACUACCAGCACGUGCGAUUUGUUUAUUGUGAAACAUGGAGCCGGGCAUUUGCUAUAUCAAGCCAGAAUACAUCGUAGCUGAAGUCAAUGCUGGGAAGGAGGUAACAGCGCCAGACAACGGCGAAAGCAACAAGAGAAAGCAUGAGGAUGGAGAUUCAAAUGAAUCCGGCGACAGAAAAAAGUGGAACAAAAAGGAGCGAAAGCGGGGCCAGAAUAAGAAUCGUCCAGUGUUCAAGGAUGAGAGGUACUCGCAUCUGUGCCACUCUCUGAUGGACGGUCGUGGUGGAGAACCAUGCACCUUGGAAAACUGUCGCUACGUCCACGAACUGGACGACUAUUUGGCGGCAAAGGGCGAGGAUCUGGGCCCGGAGUGCUAUGUGUUCACCACUAAAGGAUACUGUGCUAGGGGAGUCAGCUGCCGCUUUGCCAAGGCUCACACGGAUGACAAAGGAAGAAAUAUAAAAAAGGAAGGUUAUGAUGAGAUUUCUAGCCAGACAACUUUCAAUGGCAUAAGUUCAGAUCUCCAGGUUCGUCUUCGGAAGCAUGACUACGACUUCAGUCGAACCAAAGAACUCAUUAAACAGGCAGAGAAGCUCCGCGACGAACGAAAGCAACAGAUCCAAUCAGACAAGGACAAACAGGAAGUACCUGGAGAAGGAAAAGAGUCGGGAGAAGAGUCUCAGGAUAAGAAUAAGCUACCAGAAUCAAAUGAUGAGCCGUCUGUGGCCAAUAACAACCCAACUGGUUGCGUUAUCGACGAUUCUCCUAGUGGAAGAGAUGCUACCCGCAAGCCUGCUGUCGAUUUUAGGGAGAAACUUGUCCUGUCACCCCUGACCACUGUGGGCAAUCUGCCGUUUCGACGCAUCUGCAAGGAGUUCGGUGCGGACAUCACCUGUGGCGAGAUGGCCUGUGCCCUGCCUCUGCUAAAAGGAAUGGGCCAAGAGUGGGCUUUGACUAAACGCCACCAGAGCGAGGAUGUGUUCGGGGUGCAACUGUGCGGCAAUAAUCCGAAUACUAUUUCCCAGGCAGCUCAGUUGAUUGAGGAGACGGCGAAAGUGGACUAUAUAGAUUUGAACAUCGGUUGUCCCAUCGACUUGAUCUAUCAGCAGGGCGGGGGCAGUGCUCUCAUGCGGCGCACCAACAUCCUGGAGUUAACUGUCCGCAGUUGCUCGGCUUUGUCGGAGAGGUUGCCGUUCACUGUUAAGAUGCGCACCGGCAUAUACGCGGACAAGAGCGUGGCGCACGAGCUCCUACCUCUGGUUGAGGAGUGGGGCGCAUCCGCUGUAACGCUGCACGGCCGUUCAAGGGAACAGCGGUACACCAAGCAUGCGAAUUGGAAUUACAUCGAGGAGUGCGCCGCUAAAGCCAAGCAGAUGCCAGUGAUUGGAAAUGGCGACAUUCUCAGUUACGAGGACUACCUGGAGCGCCGUACCCUGGCUCCACAUGUGAGCUCCGUUAUGAUCGGUCGCGGGGCGCUCAUCAAACCAUGGAUCUUCCAGGAGAUCAAGGAGCAGAAGGCUUGGGCUCCCUCAUCCAGUCAACGCUUCGAACUGAUGCGCAAGUUCUGUAACUACGGAUUGGAACACUGGGGCUCUGAUACUAAAGGUGUGGAGACAACGCGGCGUUUUCUUCUAGAAUGGCAGUCAUUUCUGUACCGAUACAUACCCGAGGAACUCCAGCAGGCUCCGCCCCAGAAGAUUAAUGCUCGUCCGCAGAAGUACCGUGGCCGUGACGAAAUGGAGACGCUGAUGAGUUCCGGCAAUGCGUCCGAUUGGGUCAAGCUGAGCGAAUCCCUACUGGGUCCUGUUCCCGAAGGCUUCACUUUUGUGCCCAAGCACAAGGCGAAUGCUUUCUAAAAAGCACCCUUUUGUAAAACACUUAUAAUUAAAACGAAUUAAUAGCUGAUUCCGUAGAGUAGCAAUAACGAUUUAUCAGACCAUUAAACUUUUGUUAAAUUACUUGUAUGUUUUUAAAAUAUAUAUUUACUUUAUGGUUA